AUGGCAUCACUCCGGGACCGCGGCAACACCAUCACCUACUACCCGUACGCAAAGUAUGCGACGGAUGUCAAAUUCCAGCCUUCACACCGUCCGUUAGGCCGCUUCGGAGAGAAGAUGCAUUACUUCAGUGGCAAGCACAAGCUAUAUGGGCUCAAGAUUGAAGUGUCAGUGUCUUGGAGCCACUUCUAG